AUGCUCUGCAAGCGGAAUAAAGACGGGGACGGUCCUUGCCUUGGGGCCAGAGAUCCAACAAGCAAGAAGUACACGUGGCUGACGUCCAACCUGGUAAAAUUUGCCAUCAAGGUUCAUGAGAGGGCAACGUUCGUUUGUGCUGGCCUGGUCGCUUUGGGUUGCGAACCCUCACAACAGACCUACAUUAGUAUCUAUGGACUAGACCGAGUGGAUUGCGUUUCCACUGAUCUAGGUUGUCAGAUGUUCUCAAUGGUUUCCGUGCCGGUGUACGCUACUCACGGUGCUGAAGAAUGCAUCUUCAUCAUAAACCAUAGUGAGAAAUUGAUAUCAUAUGCAAGCCAAUGUUCAUCUUUUGGCCACUAUGAUGUAGAGCGUGGCUGGUAA